CACCUGUGCUGGCAGCGAGCGAUCGCCGCGCAGGGCCGCAGCCGCCAUUCCCAAGGCCGCCUGGUUUUGUAAUCCCCGGCUCCGCGCAGAAUCGGUGUCUGCCGGCGGCCGGCCCCGGCACUCCGGAACAGGGGCAGCCCCGGUGCCCGCGGCUAACCCCCGCCGCCUGCGGCUAACCCCCGCCGCCGCAGCCCCGCUCGCCGGCCGCUGCCGGAGCAGAGCGGCGGCAGCCAGCCGGGGGAAGAUGUCCCACGAGAAGAGCUUCCUGGUGACGGACGAGGGCUUCUCGGGGCAGCAGCCGAUGGCCCCCCCGGCCUACGCCCAGCCCCCCUACCCCACCACCCCGUACCCCCAGCCCCAGUUUGCCCCGGCGCCCUACAACCAGCCGGGCUUCCCACAGGGGCCAGGGCCGUACCCCCCCGCCGGGCCGUACCCCCCCGCUGGGGCAUACCCCCCCCCCGGGCCGUACCCCCCGGGGCCGUACCCCCCCGGGCCGUACCCCCCGCCGGGGCCAUACCCCCAGGGCCCCUAUGCCCAGCCGCCGUACGCCCAGCCGCAGCCCAUGGUCCCCGGGGACCAAGACUCCCCCCUGCACAGCACCUACCAUGAGGACGGGCCACCCUCCUACUAUGACAACCAGGACUUCCCCACCGCGCACUGGGACGACAAGAGCAUCCGGCAGGCCUUCAUCCGCAAGGUCUUCCUGGUGCUCACCCUGCAGCUGACCGUCACCUUCGCCUUCGUGGCCAUCUUCACCUUCGUGAAAGGCGUGAAGGGCUUCGUGCGGCGCAACGUCUGGACGUACUACGUCUCCUACGCCGUCUUCUUCAUCUCCCUCAUCGUCCUCAGCUGCUGCGGGGAUUUCCGCCGCAAACACCCCUGGAACCUGGUGGCUCUGUCCAUCCUGACCGUCAGCCUGUCCUACAUGGUGGGGAUGAUCGCCAGCUUCUACAACACUGAUGCCGUCAUCAUGGCCGUGGGCAUCACCGUCGUCGUCUGCUUCACUGUCGUCAUCUUCUCCCUGCAGACCAAGUACGACUUCACCUCCUGCCGGGGCGUGCUCAUCAUCUGCCUCGUCGUCCUCAUCGUCUUCUCCAUCCUCUGCAUCUUCAUCCGGAACCGCAUCAUGGACAUCAUCUACGCUUCCCUGGGGGCCCUGCUCUUCACCUGCUUCCUGGCAGUGGACACGCAGAUGAUCCUGGGCAACAAGCAGCUGGCCCUCAGCCCCGAGGAGUACGUCUUCGCCGCCCUCAACCUCUACACAGACAUCAUCAACAUCUUCCUCUACAUCCUGGCCAUCAUCGGCCGGGCCAAGGAGUAGCGGCCCCCCCUGCCCCACGGCACGCAUCUCGGUUUGUGCCCCCCCCCCUCCCCGUAGCCGGUUUUGUUUGGUGUUCUCAUCGCACCCCUCGUCGGUUCUCCCGGUAGAGUUUCUUUCACCCCGGCCACCUCCCCCAGGGGCUCGCCGGGCUGGGGGGGGCACGGGGGGGUCCCUGAGGCGGGAGGGUCCCCAGGUGGCAGCUCUGUCCCCUUGCCGGGAGCGAGGCGGGCCUGCCUGCCUGCCUGCCUGCCUGCCUGCCUGCCGGGGUGUGCGGCCGCCUGCUGCCCCUCCUGCCCCCCCGCAGCCCCUGCACCCCCCGCUGUGAAUACGGCCUUUGCCCCCCCCCUUGCGUUGAACGCGGACUGGAAGCACUUUCUCCCCCCACCCGCGGUGGAGCUCACCCUUCUGUCCUGCUCCCCCCGCACGUGCUGCCCCCGCCGCCCCCCCGGCUGCGCAGGCAGGGUCAGCGCUGGUGGCCCCCCCCCGACCCCCCCCCGGCCACAGGCAGGGCUGAGGGCAGGGUCCUGCCACCCGGGGUGUGCAGGGGGGGCUCCCCGCGCUGGGACCCGGCCCCCUCCCAGGGCCCGAGCUGCCGUCCCUGCCCGUCCCUGCCCGUCCCUGCCCAGGCAGCGGGGGGGUCCCAGCCCCGGCCCCCUCCCUGUGCGGCCAAGGCUCCGUUCUCGCCCCGUUCUGUGGCUCCAGCUCCUGCUGUUAAUAAACCUCCGUCUAGUUCA